AUGAGAGAGAAAGAGAAAGAGAGUCUCACAUCAUACCCACACUCUCUCUUCUUCUUUCCCUCCUCUGAUGCCAGCAAUUUCCGUGGGGGAAUGAGUUCCUCCACGAAAAAGCACGACGUGUUUGUGAGCUUCAGAGAAGACACACGAUCCAGGGUUGAUGAGACAUACGAUGUUCAGGAAUGGAAAAAGACAGAAUCUCUUGAGCUUUUUUGCUCAGAAGCCUUUAAGAAAAGUUAUCCAGAAAGAGGCUAUGAGAGUCUAUCAGAUAGUGCAGUUAAAUAUGCUGGGGGAGUUCCAUUAGCUCUUAAAGUUCUGGAAAAAGAUAGAGAUCAUGUCAUAAGGAUACCAGAUGCCUGUGAUUUUGAAACAACUAGUUUAAUAGAAGUUCUCGCAGACAAAGCUUUGUUAACAAUUUCGUAUGGGAAGAUAAUACAAAUGCACGACUUGCUGCAACAAAUGGGAUUGGAGAUUGUAUGUCAAGAAUGUACCGUAUAUCCUGGCAGACGUAGUCGCUUGAAGGACAAUGAAGCUCGUGAAGUGAUUGAAGAAAACAAAGAUUUGUCUCAAAUUAAAAAUUUACGUUUGCAUUCGGACACAUUGACAAAGAUGAAAACCUUGAGAUUUAUGAAAUUUUAUAACUCCUCGGGUCAGAGUUCUAGUAAUACAUAUAUCGACCUUCCUGCAACGCUUGAACCAUUUUCUGAUAAACUGAGGUACAUUGAUUGGAUUGGAUACCCUUAUGAGUCUCUUCCAUCACCUUUUUGUGCUAAGUUUCUUGUUGAGAUUCACAUGCCACACAGCAAAGUUAAACAACUUUGGCAGGGGAUUCAGGAACUAGCUAAUUUAGAGGGAAUUGACCUAAGUGGAUGCAAACAAUUUGAAGAGCUUCCAGAUUUGUCUAAGGCACCGAGACUUAAAUGGUAUCUUCAUCCAUCUGUUUUAUACUCCGAUACUCUUGUUACUUUGAUACUGAAUGGGCGUACAAAACUUCAGGGUGUUAAAGGUGAAAGACAUUUAAAAUCUCUAGAGCAGAUCAGUGUCAAUGGCUGCUUAAGUCUGGAGGAAUUUGCAGUCGACAGAGAAAUCCAAACGUUGGGAGCAUCAGUAAGGCGUAAACGCAAUGUUAUGAAGCUCCAUGUAGAGGGUUUAAGAGUCAGCCAUACUUUAAAGGAGUCAUCUGAACCCACCAACCACCCUACUUCCUUACCAAAUUUAUACGAGCUAAAUCUAUAUCGAUGCAAUGUCAAAAGGUUUCCUGAAAACUUCGAUAUUCUUGAAAACUUGAGAAUUCUGUCCUUGGAGGAUUGCAACGAGAUUCGGCAUCUGCCAAACCUUCCAUCCAGCAUCAAUUACUUAGGUGCCAUUAACUGCUCGUCAUUGGUGUCAGUAUCAAAGCAAAAUGGCACAGCACUGAUUGAUAACAGCAGUAUGUUCUGGCAGCCAACGAACAUUCAAAGAUCACAUCACUUCAACCCCCUUCCGAAGAGGUUGGAAGAAUUGAAUGAGCAAGUUGUAGAAACUCAUGAUACGGGGAAAUUUGUUAGCAAAUACGCAUCCUUGGACCUUGAGAAUUGCCUCCAACAGUUGGAUGAAAAUCCAUGUGCAAUCCUUGACUUUUCUAAUGAUGUUUCAACCGUCCUCAAUGAGUUCCGAACCUUAGAAAUUACAAAAGAGCAAGAAGAAGGUUUAGAACAAUUUGUAGAGCUCUACAGUAAAGCUGUCAACAUUUCUCAAGAUAAGUUGCUGACCGAAGAUGAGCAAGCAAAACUAACAUCUGAGAAGAGAGACUUGUAUAACAAACUUCAACAUUCUAAACUGAAAGUUCAACAGUUUGACACCACCAUCUCAACUAGAAAGUCUCAGAUUGAAAAACUCCAAGAAAGACAAAGGGAAAUCCAGGAAGCUACAAAGAAAUUUCAAGAGAAAUUUGAAGCCUUGGAAAAGGAGAGGUCAACACUAGAGUCUCGAUAG